CCAGACACAUAUCAUAUGCCUAUUGUUCAUUGUGUGUGUCGUCUUACAGGUGACGGUAAUUUGCAUCUAAACGUGGUAACAUCACAAAGAAACGAAGAACUGGCUCGCAUGAUCGAGCCGUUCAUUUACAAGUGGACGUCCAAGUACCGCGGAAGUGUCAGCGCCGAGCACGGGAUCGGUUUGGCAAAAACGCAAUUCCUGGAGCAAACGAAGAGUAAGUCGGCCAUCGACCUUAUGCGGAGUCUGAAAAAUACCAUGGACCCAAAGUGUAUACUGAACCCUUACAAAGUGAUCCCGGCCUUGGCGGCCAGCGAUCAGUAAUCCGGGAUUUGAAAAAAAACCAAUAUUUAUAAUAUAGCUUAUACGUCGAAUGUGGUAAUAAACUUUGGUACGUACCUUA